AUGGACCUGCCUCGCGAGCGGUCUCACAAUUUCAGCGAGGAUGAAAAGGGUGCGACUCCUGAGGGGCAACUUGCGGACCUUGUGUCAGCUAAAGUGGCAUUUCUUCUGGAGCGGAACUUCAUGGUCUGGACGCAGCAGACCGAGAAAACAGCGAGGCAAUUAGCUAAUCAGGAGGACCUGUUGAAGGAGAUUCUCUACCAUUGUUCAACUGUGGAGCAGGAGCUCGCAUCGAUGGAGCUAUUCGGAUCUGAAAGUGAGCAAGCUUUCCCAGCCGAGUUGGCCGAGGUGGAUUCAGUUCGGGCGCGGCUGCAGUCCCCGCCGAUGCAAGGCACCGCAGAUAGCAGCAUCUCUCCUUCACCAUCGAUUUUUAAUUCCUACACGCAGCAUGAUCUUGGCUUGAGACAAGAUGCCCAGAAGGUGCACAGUCGAAUGUCUGUGUAUCCGACGGAACUGACCGUGCCACAUACGCCUCUUGCUCAACGGAUCGUUGGCCAUCCCGCAUUCGACAUUUUCUUUGGGUUCGUGGUGAUGACCAACGCUGUCUUUCUUGGUGUUGAUGUGCAACGAAGCAUCACGGAUCCAAGCCCCCACGUCAUCCUCAAGACUAUGCAGUACAUCUACACACUUCUGUUCAUAGCUGAGCUUGCCAUGAGAGUGGCCGCUGGUGGCCUACAGUUUUUUAUUUCCGAAGAUUGGCUCUGGGCUCUGGUCGAUGUGGUCAUCGUUUCAGGAGCUCUCCUAGAUGUCGUGCUGGAUAUCCUUGAGGCCGUGCAGGCAACAGGCUCAGAAAUGCUGAGUGGCAUUGACGGAGUCUCCAGCCUGAAGGCCUUCCGCAUCAUCCGCAUCACGAGGAUAUUGAAAACAGUGCAGGUCGUGCGCGUGUUCCGCUUCGUCAUGGCAUUACGGACCCUGGUCACCUCAAUCUUUCACACGCUCAAAGCAUUGCUUUGGGCUUUGAUUCUGCUGUUUCUCAUUGUGUACGUCUUCUCGGUUAUAUUCACCUCGGCAGUGAACGAAGCCCUGUCUGAUCCAAGCCACCUUCUCCCAGCGGAGGCAAACGAACAGGCAAGGCGUUACUUCAGCAGCCUUUAUGACACCAUGUUGAGUCUGUUGAUGAGCAUCGCCGGUGGUGUCAGCUGGGAAGAGGUAAUUGCCCCCUUGCGACAUGUGUCGGAAGUUUGGGGCGUCGCAUUUCUUGUGUUCUUCUCGUUCACGUACUUUGCUGUUCUCAAUGUCGUGACUGCUGUCUUCUGUACCACGGCCCUGGAGUCUGCGCAGAAUGAUCAUGCAACGGUUGUGCAGUCCCUGCUGGACAACAAGGAGACGCAUUUAAGCAAGCUACGCGCGGUGUUCAGCUCUCUGGGGGCGACCGAGACGGGUGCGAUCACCUACACUAUGUUUGAGGAGAAAAUCAACACUCCCGAAAUUAAAGGCUACUUGGAGACCCUUGGCUUGGAUGUUUGGGAUGCAUGGAGCUUUUUCAAGUUGCUGGACACCGAUGGUGGUGGUGCCAUUGAUAUUGAAGAAUUCUUUAUGGGAUGCUUAAGAUUUCGUGGCCAAGCGAGUGCUAUGGAUGUGGGCAAAAUUCUUCAGGACCAGAAUUGGUUGAUAACUAGUCAGGGCAAAUUCCAAGCACAUGUCGAAGGAGAGCUGAACACGCUGAAAGAAAGCAUGUCUACUCUCUUGGAGCAGAUGACGAGUUCAAGGAGCUUUCGUCCUGCAUCGAAGAAGCCGACCCUGAUGGGUCGUUGGAAGGAGCUUUAA